AUGAUUGUCUUGUGUUGGUUCUUGCGCCAUAACUCCUACAAUGGAUUCCGGCUGGAAGAGCUCGAGGCAUUGGCCUCCCUGGAGGGCGUGACCUCUGCGUCGCUCUGGAGCGGAUGCCAGCGGCCAGAUUCGCACUCGGAGAACCAAUUCGUGUUUGUAAACGUUCCUGACGAGGCCGUGUGCCACGCCCUCAUGAAGCGAUCUCUCCUCAUCAAGGCCUUUAUUGAGGUUCGCCCGCAGCGAUUCUUGCCAGAGGUUUGGGCGGAAGGAGAGACUUACGAAGCGGUUCUCCAGGAGCUGCAAGGGCGAAGGAUGCCCGACUUCCGAAAGUGGGUAAACGCGGACCGCACUUGGGCCUUCAAGGUUGGAGCCUUUGGAAAGUGCCUCAGUAGCGACGAGCAGCGCCGUAAAAUGACCUUUUUUGCUUCUCUGUUCAAGGGGAAUGAGAAGGUGGACUUGGAAAACCCGGCCACGACCUUAGUCGUGGCGGAGGGGCUGGUAGGUCCAGACCAUGUCGUCUUAGAUCCCUUCGUUGGCACGGGAAGUGUGCUUAUUGCAGCAGCUCACUAUGGUGCCUUCUGCGUUGGCUCAGACAUUGACAUCCGCGUGCUAAAAGGAUACGGCGUGUCAUAUAUGAAUCCGCAUUUGUCUCUGGAAAACAAGAAAACGGAUAUAUUCCGCAACUUUGAUGAAUACGGACUUUGUCGGCCUGAGAUCAUCCGCUGCGACAAUGCCGCAUGGGUUUGGCGGCUCCCAUACGAAGAGAGGGCUUUCAGCAAGCUGGACGAGCUGCCGCAACUCCCGCAGCAGGGAGACAGCGAAGACCCUGGGGCAGUGCGCCCCGCGUAUUUGACAAGAAACCUUAGAGGAGGGAAGCCAUGGGUGGACUGUAUCAUGACGGACCCUCCCUACGGGAUUCGUGCGGGCGCCAGACAAUCGGGCCACUUGAAGAAAUACAAGCGAAACGAACACACACGAAGCAACGAAGACCGACUGACAUACAUCCCCCCCACUGUGGUCUACAGUUCGCGAGCACUUGUGAGCGAUUUGUUAAAUCUAUCGUCGCGCCUUCUUGUCGACGGUGGACGUCUUGUGUUUCUGCUGCCCGUCGAACUGUCUACGUAA